AUGGCCGCAGACACGACAUUCCGUCAACUGAUCUUGUACAGACUGCAAGUGAUGCAUGACGAACAACUUAUUCAACAUGCCAUACUGCCCAACAUCAAGCUCAAACGCAAUCUGAUCGCGAUCAUACAGAACUACAUGCUCACACUCGAUCCGGCUUCACCAGAGAUGCGCAAGCUGCUGCUCGACAGUCUGCCGCAGUUCUUUCAACUGACGGUCGCCAGUGGAUGGUACAUUCUGCUGCCAAUCGAUAAGCGCGAUCAUGCCCUCCAGCAACUGAUGCACAAUCUAUGUGUCAGUGUUGGUGUUGGUCGUGGUGAUGCUCCUGAGGAGCUGGUGGAGAUGCAUUCGCCAGCGGAAACACCCGCCGCCACAGACCCAGCAACAACCACAACCACAGACACAGCCAGGGAGACAGACAUCGUGUCCGAUUCCGGACCGACACUUGCCGGAAUGUUGGUGGCGUAUUUGAUGUGUUUGCAGAGGACAGUGGACACGAGGACAGCAUUGUCUGCGUGUGGACCACGCGCGCCACAGGUGAUCGACAUGGCAACAUCAUUCUGUCUCCACGCCAACAUAUAUCAUUUGGCUUUGGUAUUCUAUAGUCAUUACGCUCUGUUGUCAAUGGUGCCACAGCACUCCACUGUGGCCGCCUUUGCAAUGUAUCACAGAGACAUGCGCAACUCACCUGCCGCACGACACUGGCGCUCACUGCGGCAGACAUUGGGCUUAACAAACGACUUGGAGAUGCAUGUGGCCACGAACUAUCCUCACAUGGUGCGAUACAUGGCGCGAAUGCAGCCCUUCCUCGAUGUGCCACUGGCCGACCUCAAGGCGACGUUCGCGCGCUCCGAGGCCCAGGUGGCGCUGGAGCAGAGCAUCAAUGAGAUGAACGCCCCUGAGAUUGCAAAGCACCUGGCCACUUUCAAUGUGCUCAAUCGCAUCCCCCUGGACACGACACUCCUCGAUCUGGUGCCGGCUGUCACGGGCCAGGCCUACCACGCCAAGACAUUCAUGCGCCUGCUGAGCAGCGCACAGUGUUCGGAACAGAUCAGCGCCAUACUCUUCAACCCCAACUACUUCCUGCGCCAGCUCACUUCCAAGGUGAGCACGCUCGAGUUGGCCAUCCAGACGCUCAAGACACAGGCCCGCACUACAUACGCCACAUGCGCGCACAUCAUCGUCAAGAUCAUCGUGCGACUGCUCGAGUCGGGCACACACGACCACGCUCGUGAUAACAGCCAUGCGACACUCGGCCUGAGCAUGCUUCGCCAAGCCAUCAAGUACAACAUCACAUUCACACAGGAGCACUAUCAGGAGAUCAACAGGAUGAUGUCGAUGCUCAAGAAGGUGAGCGGCUACAAGAUCCCCGUGGAGCUGCACGCCCACGUGCUCAUGAACAUCGACUCGUCACUGGGCAUGCUGCUGCGGCUGGAGCUGGAGCUCGAGUCCAAUCCCGACCUGCCCAUCGACUACGAUCACCUCAAGCUGUACAGCGGCAUACCCAAGAACAACAGCCACUUUGUCAGGCUGGGCCUGCGUCUGCUGCUCGAGUACCACACACGCAUCCGAGGACUCCCGCUCAACAAGGAGACGCUGCUCUCGAUUGAUAUGAGACGAUUCGUCAUGACCAAGAACACGGCCGACAUCACCAACAGGGACUUGGCCGAGGAACUCUACGACUACUUGUUGUCCAAGGGCCGGCCCGACCUGGUGGUCGACCUGCUAGACCGAACAUUCAGACGCGAGGGCAAGCUGACGGUGCGCAUUCCCACAACAAUGCUGUACAAGAUCCUCGUCUCGCUCGAGACACUGGAACAGCGCAUCAAGUUCUUUGGUCAGCAUCACAGAUACCGCACGCUCACUGGACGCUACCAUCCUGAGCUCGAGGCGCUGCUGCGCACGGACGCCUCGCAGACCGGUGACCUGAACAUCCACUUCUUCCUCGUGGAAGUUGCCAAACACAACGCCGCCCAACUGGAGCGUAUCAAUGAGACGUUGGUGCGAGUGGAGCUCUCUGCCGAUGCUACCGAAUUCAUCCAAACAUUCUUUGAUGGCUUUGCCACAGACAGUCCAAUGUUAAAACAACAUCUACCAUUACAUCCACCAACGAUUGGUGAUAACUAG